AUGGCUGUCCAUAAAUUAAUAAUAUUACGUCACGGAGAAUCGGAAUGGAAUCAUGAAAACAGGUUCUGUGGGUGGAUCGAUAUACCAUUAAGUGAAAAGGGCCGGGAUGAGGCCAAGUUUGCUGGCCACUUGAUUCAAAAGUACAAUCUUAAACCAACAAUUACUUACACAUCGAAAUUGACGAGAUCGAUACAGACAGGCGACAUUAUUCUCGAAGAAUUGGGCCGGUUGUGGUGCGAUGUUGUGAAGACAUGGAGGUUGAAUGAAAGACACUACGGGGCAUUCCAAGGGAGAGAUAAGAACGAGGUGUACCGUGAAUUGGGCGCGGAAAAGUACCAGUAUAUCAGAAGAAACUACAACGGGACACCACCACCAAUGGAAACUCAAUAUAAGGAUGAUUGUAUCGAUGAGAGGUACGAAGUGGAUGAUGUUGAUAUUGCAGAUCUUCCACGAGGCGAAUCGUUGAAGUUAGUGAUGGAGAGAGUGAUUCCGUAUUUACGGAAGGAAAUUGUUGAAGGAAGCUUAAUUGGCGACAAUAAGACGGUGCUUGUGGUAACACACGGAAGUAUAGUGAGGAGCGUGAUUAAGUAUUUCAAGGGUGUGAGUGAUGCUGAUAUCUCGAAGAUCAACGUUCCUACCGGGGUUCCGAUGGUGUUUGAAUUGGAUGACGAUUGUAACAUGGUGAAGGACUACUACUAUCUUGAUCCAGAGUUGGCAAAGAAAGGAAUUGAGAAGGUAAGCAACGAGGGCACCAAAAAAUAG